UAAUGACAAUGUUGUGUCACGGAGGCAACGCAGUGGCUGAGCCAACGGAACCAGAAGACGCCGAGCCACAGUCGCCCCGCCUCUCCCUCCCUGUCACCCAUUUGUCUUCUUCCCCCUUAAACGCAAGAUGGCGCAGCAAUUCGUCCAGGCUAAAAUCAAAGGAGACAAAGUGGUCUUGUUCAUUAAGCCCACAUGCUCGUACUGUGUCACGGCCAAGGACGUGUUGUCUACGUACAAGUUCAAGCCGGGCCAUCUGGAGUGUGUCGACAUCAGCGCUCGGCCAGACAUGGGCAGCAUGCAGGACUACUUCAUGGAGCUCACCGGCGCCCGCACCGUCCCACGAGUGUUCAUUGGGGAGGAGUGUGUCGGCGGUGGCAGUGACGUGGCAGCGCUGCAUAAAAGUGGCAAACUGGAGGGAAUGCUGCAGUCCAUUGGGGCUCUCCAGUGACCCAUGCUAAACUAUCAGGUGACGUCACAUGACCACGCAGCGAGAUUUGCGUAGUUUGCGUCGCCGCUGCUGGUACUCGCUGAGCUCCUGCAGAUAACCUCUGGACGGCCAGCGCAGCCUCUCCACCUGCUCACGCUCCUCUUCUGGAACACACACACAUAUACACUACUAUAUACAAUCUCACAUCCAUGUUGCUGUAUCACAACUUCUUUAGUCUCUCUCUUGACCUUUGACUUUCUCUUGUGCCCGUCCAACUAAAAAUCAGCCUUGUGUGUAUUAGGAAUGAUAAUAAAAUAUAACGCUGAGACCACAGUGCAGUUUUCCUUUGAGUUACUCAACUGCAGAGUUGUAUGUUUUUAAAGGUAAUAUGUCUAUAUUAAAGAGGAGGCUUUUAUUAGUACAAAUGAAUUUUUGUCAUUUAUUAAUACUGUUAAUAUAUAUAUUUUUGAACUUUUAGUUUAAUGUUAUUAAUGUACUUAAAAUGCGACAAUACAUAUGUACUGUUCAAAAGUCACCAAGAAAUGUCCGUAUUUUUGUAAGAAAAGCACUCAUGUACGUAUAUGUAGAUAUACAGAUAUAGUAAUGUAUGUACACUACUGUUUAAAA